GGGCGGGGCUCCAUGGAAGAGUGGAGGAGGCUUGUGCGGCGGCGGCGGGCAGGCGCGCUUCUUGGCUGUCACACCGAGGGGGCGUCCGGGCAACAUGAAUGAGGCUGAGGGCCUGCGGCAGCGGCGGCCUCUCCGUCCGCAGGUGAUCACCGAGGACAACGCGGCCCAGGGAACCAAGGGCGGCAGUACAUACAGCAAUAAGAUCUUCCGUAUGACAUUCAUGACACUGGCUGUAUCUCUAAUUAUUCCCUUAUUUGGAGCAAUAGUUCUUCUGGAUUGUCCAAUAGACCCUCAGCCUAUAAGCUUCAAAGAACCGCCUCCCUUAUCCGGUGCAUUGGAGCCAAACUUUAAGCUCCGACAAGCAGAAAGGCUGUUUGAAAACCAGCUUGUUGGACCAGAAUCCAUUGCAAAUAUUGGUGAUGUUCUGUUCACUGGUACUGCUGAUGGAAAAAUUCUGAAGAUUGAAGAUGGGCAAAUAGAAACCAUAGCUCGGCUUGGCCACGGUCCCUGUGGAACUGGCAGAGAUGAAGUCACAUGUGGUAGACCUCUUGGAAUCCGUGUGGGACCAAAGAACACCCUUUUUGUAGCAGAUGCCUACUAUGGAAUCUUUGAAAUUUUUCCAUCCUCAGGGGAAGUGCAACGACUUGUGUCUUCCAAGGUUCCCAUUGAGGGGAAGAACUUGUCUUUUGUGAAUGAUUUUACAGUGACUCGAGAUGGAAGGAAAAUUUAUUUUACAGACUCCAGCAGUAAAUGGCACAGAAAAGACUUUUGCUUAUUAAUCAUGGAGGCUACAGAUGAUGGGCGCUUGCUUGAGUAUGACACAGCGACAAAAGAAGUGAAAGUUUUGAUGGGCGGCCUCAGAUUUCCAAAUGGAGUCCAGAUUUCCAGUGCAGAGAGCAUAUUGCUUUACUUAUGUUAUGCUUUGUUUCUUUAACUUUUCAGAUAUUAUGUAUCUGGCCUAAUGAAAGGUGGAGAAGAUAUGUUUGUUGAAAAUAUGCCUGGCUUUCCAGACAAUAUACGUUUAAGUAGCUCUGGAGGUUAUUGGGUGGCUAUGUCAGCUGUUCGGGCCAGUCCUGGGUUUUCUAUGAUGGAUUUCUUAUCUGAAAAACCAUGGAUUAAAAGAAUAAUAUUUAAGCUGCUCAGCCAAGAAACUGUGAUGAAAUUUGUGCCCAAGUACAGCCUUGUUGUAGAGCUAAGUGAAACUGGAUCUUACAGAAGAAGCUUACAUGAUCCCGAUGGAAUGGUGGCCCCCUACAUAAGUGAAGCACAUGAACACAAUGGACAUCUCUACUUGGGUUCCUUCCGCUCUCCCUUUAUUUGCAGACUGAACCUUAAGGAUGUCUAACUCUGAGCCAGAAGAAAUACCACUGGUGCAUCAAGUUGCCCUGGAAGGAGAAAAUAUUAUUCACAAAUUUGGCCAUGGAUGAAGAAUGAAAGCACAGUACUAUUUAACAGGGUACUAAGCGAGACCAUGUCUUAUUUUUAAGCAUGCCAUUUUAAAACCGAUGGACACAAUCCACCAUGGUUUUAUAUAUUUCCCAUUCAAGUCAAUGGGCCUAGUGUAGAAAUUUGUGGUAGAUUGUGCCCAUUCUGUGGCAUCUUUACUUAGAUAAGGUAAAAACAAAAUUACCUCAUGAAAUAAAAUUCCUUUUAUUCAUCUAAUAACCUUUAGAAGCUGCUUCCACUAAACUGCUGAGCAUAAAUAUACCCGGUCAACUUCCAUACUUCAAAAUAUACUGGAAAAAAGUCCUUGAAUUCAAACUGCUAGUCUUAGAUGGUCUUGCAUGCAAUUAUUUCCGCUUUGAAUCUAUCUGAGCAUGGAUUUCCAAACAUGCAUGUUGUUAUAUCUUAUAGUGCAUUUAUAGAUAUAUUAAUGAACUUGACCAGUGCAUAUCCAUCUCUUUUUAGCACUGCUAUUUGCACGAUAAGUUUAAAGACAUGAGGUCACUCCUUCAUGAGACUUUUUAAGACCAGAAAUGUCCUCUUACAAUGAGAAAUAGAUGCAGAUAACUUUGAGGAAAGUAGAUAUUGCCAUUUGAAGAAAUGGGAACAUUCUUGGGCUUCCAGCAAUUUUUGUCAGGGAUUAAAUAACUUGCUCAGACACAGUUAAGACUCUGAGACAAUGCGGGAAACUGACCUUGAACUGGUAAGAUUGAUGGGCAUACUGUAUCAUACUAUUCUAUAGUAUCUGACCAGAAGCUGCAUUCGUACAGCAUUAAAUAUGAUGUCUGUGUAAAAUUACUUUUCCAUGCAUACAAGGAGCAAGUCUUCUCUACGAGUAUAUUUUCUCUUACAGCACUGACACACCAUUAAGUGCUUCUGUUGUAAUGUGGAGGGCUCAGGGUAUUUCAAGAGGAAAAGACUUCAAAAGGAUUUAAAUAUGAGAUUUUCAGAAGUGAGUAACAAUCUCAGCAGAUUUAUUGAUUUACAGCUGGGUGGCAUUUAAAGGAUUGAAACAAACAGUGUAAAGCUUUGUUACAGUUUGCCAAUCAAAACAAAAUUAAAUGACUACAUCAC